AUGGCAAUGGAUUCCGCCAUGCUUGUAUCAGAUAAGCAACGAGUUGGCUUGGCCAUUUCGAAGCUCGGUGAAAGAGCUAGAGAAUGGGCUCUAACGAGCGAUGUCUCUGUAAAUGCUGCAUUCCCCACAUGGAACUGCUUAAAAAAAUUAACUUGUGUGUUUGCACCGCCUAAUCAGUCUUAUCGUGUGCGCUCACGCUUCUUAGCUACCCGAAAGGGUAAAAAAGAAUUGUCGGACUAUGUCCAAGAGUUGCGAACUCUCAUUGCUGCUAUGCAGCAGAACCCUCUGGCAGAGGAAGUCCGAGUAACCAUUUUUAUGGAAGGACUUCGUACUGGAGUCGCCAGGACGGAAGUUUUCCGUGUCCAGCCUUCAACUUUCGAAGAGGCAGUAAGCAUAGCGUUUAACGCUGAAUUUAAUUUUAAAUCUGCUCGAUAUGGUCUGCCCUGGUAUCAAUCAGAUACCUCUAACAGGGCGGAACCCAUGAAACUCAGCCAUGCUGAAGAAGCUGAGCGUCAAGCUUCUGAGCAUCAAGGUAACAUCCGUAGAUGUUACAUGUGCGGAAGCACUAGGCAUCGCCGCCCUAGCUGUCCGUUGCGAAAGCAACGUUCAAAUCGGCAGAGCCGAAACCCUGCUCCUAGCCAAAAGGCGAGCACCGCAGGGGAAAACGUCAACUCCCACUAG